GGUUAGUCUCUUGCGUAGUAAUUUCGCUUUAAUUGCUAAAAUGGCUGAGCACGUUGUUAAUCAUGUGGAAAAUGAAGGGGAUAAGGAAGAUAGUCACAAGGGGAAGACAGAAAUGAUUUCUUCUCCUGAUGAGGACUCCAUAUCGGAGCAUAACUCUGAAGAUGGGUCUAGUAAUGAAGUAUUAAAUGGCGAUGUUGACUCCAGAGAUACGGGCAGUGUCACUGAGGAAAAUGUUGAGGUCCUAUCGCCCCAAUCUAAUGACGAUGUUUCCAUUCCAGCUGACAUGAGUUUAACGCAUGAAUCAGUUGAUCCCGUAGUGGGUAACACUUCUUAUGCCUAUGAAGUAUCAACUCCGGAUGACGUAUGUAGUCCCUAUCGUGCAUCCGAUGCCGAAGAGCACUUCUACAGUGUAGGCCAGGACCCCGAGGCAUUAGAUGAAGAACUGUUAGCCAAUGAAAUGACUACAUCGGAUACAACACGUAUUAAACACACUUUAUCUGGUCCUAUAGAUGAACACUUGAUGGACCAGCUACAUCGCGAUGUAUAUCCAGAUUUAUCUGCGAAGGAUACGCCGAAAUCCAAGACGUACACAAUAGUUCAUGAGAAUAUAUUGAACUUGGAUCAUGUACAGCCUAGUGAUUCGUCAAAUGACGUUCCCCUUGAUACCACUCCUGUGGAACCAACGUCUAGUGACGUUGUCAUUGCAUCCGACGAAAGUGUUACUUCCAAUGAUGACACUGAUAAUGACGAUUUACAGGCAUCGUGUUCCUCUGAUCCCAAGGAGAAUAGUAGUCCGGAAGAUUCAUCUAUUGAUUCGCAGCCUAACGACGACACUGCUGAUGGACCACUACCGGAUGAAGGCAGUGCUACAGAUAAUGCCAUCAAUUCUGGGCCACCACAACCUGAUGAAUCUUCUAGUUUCUGGAAAGAUAGUGAUGUAGAGCCUGUGUCCAGAUCGGCUGACGAUUCUAAUACUUCCCCUUCUAAAAGUGUUAGCAUUCAUAGUGACGAUCAGGAUACUAUUAGAGAUGCCGAGGUUAAGCCAAAGGUUUUCAACAUAUCACGUAAAUCUUCCAAGAAGCGUUUGGAUAAGGUGGUGGCUGGUACCAGUGAGAAUCCAAUUGACAUUACUGAUUUGACUGUUGAUUCGGGCAGUCUGUUGCAGUUAUACCAAAACGAUUAUUUCGACGCUUAUAUGCACAUGCAUCAUUUAUAUCAUAGGAAGGAACCUGGAGUUCACGAAUAUCUGGUCAAUUUGCUCUAUUCAAAACGCACUGAUUCAGAGGUUAUGUUUUACCUUCCUCAGUUAUGUCAACUGUCAAUAUCUAAGUAUGGUAAAUCGUCUUUGCAUCGGUUUCUUUUGGACCGUGCUUCUACCUCUAUGCAUUUUGCAUUAAAGCUUUCGUGGUUUUACCAAGCCAUCAUAUCGGAUCAGGCUUCUAAGAUUGGCCAUUUAGCGCAGAAAAUGACGCAGGAAACUGAGAUGGCCGUUGUCAAUUGUAAGUUAAUAUCGCCGUUGUCACAGUCAGCUGCUCCCACGGUUGACAAGGAGUUGAACCUAUGUUCUAAGGGUUUAUUAAUUCGUCGUGCUGCUAUUACUGCUAUUCGUGCUGGUCAUGAGGGCAUUUUCAACACUGCUACACAUAUUGAUGCACUUUUACGGCCUACCAUGCCUAAGCAGAUGAUUUACAAUGCUACUACAUUACUGUGUCCCUUUUCUAAAGUGAAGGUGCCCACUCCUUACUCUAAGAUUGGUGACCCAUUAGACCUGGAGACUCCACCAUAUGUGGAGUGCCCUGAUGAAAUCCAGUAUGAAUUGGAGCGAUUAAUGAUGAAGCAGCGUCGUUUGGAUUACUUUAACAUGUUGAGCAAUUUCGUCAAGUUGUGUAUGGAAGUUUCUAAGUUGUUGACUACUAUAGCCAAGCGUGAUGCUCGUCUACCGCUAUUAACAUUGUUUGCAAAAUCCAUGAAUGAGUGGAUGUUAGUCCAACGUUGUGUGGUAGCUGCUUAUGAGGAGAGUUUUGCGUACCGUGGCCUAUCUCUGCCAAUGAACAAGAUGGGUAGAGACAAGCAAACUAAUAUCCCAUUCCAGUUUCUGAGGAUUGUCGAGGAUGAAAUUAAAAUAUUCCUGUCUAAAAAACGUGCACCGUUCGUCCUUUACUUUGAAAUCGCAAAUCUUGACGAGGACGUCAGGGUUAUAUCUCGUGGUGAGCAGGGAAAGAGUAUAGAGAGUAUAACUUUCCGUGACAUGUAUGUCUAUGAGGCCAUAGUCAAGGACCUUGUGGCCUCGGGGCUACUAGAUGUUGCCGAUGUAUCGUACGUAAUGAACCCGUUGGAGUGCAUCAGGUAUACCAUGGGUAUGUUGCCUCCGGAAGUGCUGCAAAGUCACAAUGAACGCCGUGAGCAAUUUAAAGGCAGGCCUCUGGAUAGUUGGCGCGGCGAGGAUGACAGUGUAUCGUCACUUUUAUCUGCGAUUCACGGUGUUGCUAUUGGCUCGAGUAUCAAGUCAAUGAUCCAACACAGGCAGGAGAAUUACAAUAGCAAUUCGCCUCACUCUGCUUCUGAAACCAAGUUCCCAAUUCUUGAGCGCAUGAGUCCUGAAGAGGCUAAGGCUUAUAUUUUCCCCGAGCUAUUUGAGGAGAAGAAGAAGAAACUGCGUAAAUACAGCCCUUACGGCAACCUAGAGUCGUGGAACGUCCGUGCAGUGAUAAUCAAGGGUGGUGAUGAUUUACGACAGGAGUACAUGGUUAACCAGCUACUGUUACUAUUCAAGGAAAUAUUCGCCAAUGCCCACCUGCCACUCUGGAUACGCCCGGUUGAAAUACUUGUCACGGGUCCUAACUGUGGGAUCAUAGAGUUCCUUCAUGACACAUGUUCGGUGGACGUGGUCAAGCGCAAGUUUAAUGUGGACUCCAUCGCCCGCGCCUUCGAGCGCAUGUACGCCAAGACGAUAUACGAGGCCCGCAAGAACUUCAUUGAGAGUCACGCGGCUUAUUCUAUCAUAUCAUAUUUGUUACAAGUAAGGGAUAGACACAACGGUAACAUUUUGCUGGACAGUGAUGGUCAUGUCAUCCACAUUGACUAUGGCUUCUGUCUGUCUAAUACUCCCGGUAACAUUAGUUUCGAGACUUCACCGUUCAAGUUGACUAAGGAAUACGUGGACGUCAUGGGAGGAGAGACUUCUGACAACUUUGGUUACUUCAAGGCGCUGGUUAUUCGCGGCCUUCUCGAAGCUCGCAAGCACAUGGACCGCAUUGUACUCCUGGUUGAGAUGAUGACUGACGCCCAUAAGAUGCCGUGCUUCGCCGCUGGCACUACAUAUACCAUGGAUAUGCUUAGAGAGCGGUUUAUGUUGAACUUAUCUGAGGAUGUGUGUAUCGAUCGCAUUGUUGCCAUGAUUGAGGAAUCGCUGUACAACUUCACCACGGUACAGUACGACAACUUCCAGCGCUUGACAAACGGUAUAAAAUAACUGUAAUUUAAGUUAAUACAUAUACUUUUGUUUACACGUUGCUUGCGAUGGUUGACGCGUCGCAGGAUGAAGGCUCAUUGCAGGAAGAAG